ACUUUGGUACAGACGGUCAGUCUCUGAAGUAAAAUUAAACCAAUAGGAUGUGUAGCAUACAGUUUAAAGUCAAUGGGAAAAAAUGUUCAGCGAACGCGUCGUUGUACCGGGAGACGACGUUGUACGCGUACCUUCGGUACACGCUCGGCCUGCCCGGCACCAAGGCCAUGUGCAAGCAGGGCGUCUGCGGCUCCUGCAUCGUCACCGUCAAAGUCAGGAGACACACCACGGAAACCGUGCAGACUUUUACUGUCAAUUCUUGCCUAGUCCUGGUGUUCUCUUGCCACAACUGGGAGAUCACUACAGUUGAGGGGAUUGGCAACAGGCGCGAAGGAUAUGACGUCAUACAGCAGCGAAUAGCCGCGCUCAACGGCACGCAGUGUGGCUACUGCACCCCGGGCUGGGUCAACCAGCUGAACGUAUACCGCGACAAAAACAUGACAAUGGCAGAACUGGAGAUGGGUUUCGCUGGUAACACCUGCAGGUGUACCGGCUACAGGCCAAUAUUGGACACCAUCAAGACUUUCGCUGUUGACACCAGCGCUGACCUCUGCCAGAAGAUAAGAGACAUAGAAGAUGUCCAAGAAUUCAAGUGCAAGAAGGACUGCCAGAGAAAAUGCUCUACAGCAAGCGGAAGUAGCGACUGGAGUGUCGUGGAAGACCUAAGCUUGAACGAUGAUACUGAAAUGAUAACUUUGGAUUUUGGAAACGGUUACUUUGUGAAGGUUUUUGAUGUAAACCAAAUAUUUAGUGCCAUAGAAAAAUAUAAUACUAAUUAUAUUCUGAUCGAUGGUGAUACAAGUAAAGGAGUAUUCCAAGACUUUGAAUAUCCACCUCUGGUGGUUGAUAUCAGCGAUGUCGCGUCUCUAAAGAAGUAUUCAUUUGAUCAGAACCUCGUGCUAGGAGCUAACAUUUCUCUAGAAGAUUGCAUACAGAUAUUCAAAAACGUUUCUAAUACCGACGAGUUUAAAUAUUUAGUAGAAUUUGCCAGUCAUUUGCAGCUGGUAGCGAAUUAUCCUGUCAGAAGUAUCGGAUCCCUAGCUGGCAACUUCAUGAUAAAGUACACCAAAAACUCUUAUCAGUCAGAUCUGUUUUUGCUGUUCGAAUCCGUUGGGGCUACGAUAGAAAUUCGGGACAGCAGCGGAACAACAGUUUCUAUGCCUCUAACCAAGUUCCUGAGUUACGACAUGACCAAAAAACUGAUCACUAGUUUCAUGCUGCCUCCUCUCAGCACCUCGCAUGUCUUUAGGAGCGUCAAGAUAAUGCCACGAAGUCAAAAUGCUCUAGCCAUAGUAAACGCGGCAUUUAAUUUCAAAUUUAACGGCAACAAUGUCGAGAAUGCGACUAUAGUGUACGGCAACAUAUCUGGGACUUUCAACCACCCAAGUAGAACCGAGCAAUACUUGGCAGGUAAAAAUGUCUUCAACAAUACUGCCCUACAAGAAGCCAUCGCGAUACUUGACAAGGAGAUUGUACCAGACGAUGAGCCGCCUGAAGUAUCGCCGAAAUACAGAAAGAAGUUGGCGAUUGGACUGUUCUACAAGUACAUCCUCGGCAUUUACCCGCACGCCGAUUUACCGUCAAAAUACAAAUCAGGCGGCACCCAAAUAUACCGUCCAGUGUCGAAGGGUACCCAGAGUUUCCAGACAAAUCCCACUUUGUACCCUCUGAACGAAGCGGUACCCAAGUACGAAGCCAUCAUACAGAGCUCUGGGGAAGCGCGCUACGUGAACGACAUUCCUCCGAUGAAGAACGAAGUGUUUGCGGCAUUCGUUCUGUCCACGGUCUUCAACGGAACUGUCAGUGAAGUCGAUGGUUCGGAGGUUUUGCAAAUUCCGGGCGUUAUAGCCGUGUACUCGGCAAAAGAUAUCCCAGGUAAAAACUCCUUCGCAAUGCCUGGAUACCAGCUAGAGACUGAAGACGAGCAAAUAUUAGCCGAAACCGUCCAAUACUACGGUCAACCGGUCGCCAUAGUCGUAGCAGACAACGAAAUACUAGCAGUCAACUGCGUUAAGAAAGUUAAAGUGACUUACACUAAUGUGAGAAAAGGGCAACCUGUGCUCCAAAUUACGCAAGCAACAAAGGACGCUAAUAGAUAUCUAGCGGGUGACUCCAUAGUGGCGACGAAAAAAGGUGACAAUAUUACGAAGAUCGUCAAGGGUACCUUUGCUACUGGAGCUCAGUACCAUUAUUAUAUGGAGCCAUUAUCCUGUGUGGUAAUCCCAGUAGACCAGGGGCUACAGGUGUAUGAUACGACUCAAUGGAUGGACCUCACGCAAACCGUUGUAGCGAAUUGUUUGAAGAUGAAGGAGAGCGACAUCCAUGUAGCAGUAAGCCGUUUGGGUGGUGGUUUUGGUGGUAAAAUCAGCCGCAACUGCGAAGUGGCGGCAGCGUGUGCGUUGGUCGCCAAGUUGCUGAACGUGCCGUGCCGGAUGGUGCUGCCGCUGAAUACCAACCUCACCAUAGCAGGCAGGAGGCUGCCUUGUAAUACUGACUAUGAGGUAGGAGUAGAUGAUGAUGGUAAAAUCCAAUACUUGAACGCGAAGAUUGUUGAAGACGACGGUUGCACCCACAACGAAAAUAUUCUCUCGUUCACAAUGAGCGGCUUCCCCAACUGCUAUGAUAAAGACUAUAUCAAUCUGUCCACUGGGGCUGUGACCACCGAUCUACCUUCGAAUACGUAUGCUAGAGCACCAGGAACCAUGGAAGGCAUCGCCAGCAUAGAACAAAUAAUGGAGCACAUAGCUUUCGCAGUCCAAAAGGACCCAACAGACGUGCGGCUCAUCAACAUGAGGAAAGAGGAUAACGACCUCCCCGACAUGAUAGCUACGUGGAAGAAGGAAACGGACUACGAGAGCAGACAAGAAGACAUCAAGAAGUUUAAUCGCGAGAACAGAUGGAAGAAGAAGGCGAUAAAACUCAGCGUUAUGGCGUUCCCUGUCGAGUAUUAUGGGAACUACUCCGCCAUGGUGUCGAUUUACAGAGGCGAUGGAACCGUCACUGUGACAACUGGUGGCAUCGAAAUGGGCCAGGGAGUCAACACGAAGGUGGCUCAAGUUGUCGCUCACCAGCUAAGUAUACCCUUGAGCUACGUGACGGUAUUAGCUUCGUUCUCCUUCGUGGCUGCUAACAACGUUUUCUCCGGAUCCAGUAUCGUCAGCGAAAGUGUCUGCUACUCGGCUAUAAAAUGCUGUGGUACUCUUCUGGAGAGGUUGAAGGCAAUAAGGGAGUUGUUGAAGAAGGAAGGCAAGGAGAAUCCGACUUGGCACGAGCUGAUUACCAAAGCCGGGGAGGAGGAGAUAGACUUGACAGCGACGUACAUGAUGAAUGAGAAGGAACCUGACCUCCAGAGCUACCCGGCGUUCGCGGUGGUCGUCAUUGAGGUGACCUUGGACGUCCUGACCGGGAAGUUUCAGAUAGACAGAGUGGAUAUACUGGAGGACGUUGGUUUGAGCGCGAACCCUAAUGUGGAUAUUGGCCAGGUGGAAGGCGGCUACAUCCAGGGUCUGAGCUACUACACGGUUGAAAAGUUCGUAUACGACCAGAAAACGGGCAAACUGCUGACCAACAACGGGCUUAACUACGACGUGUUCCUGUGCAGAGACAUACCCGUCGACAUGAGAGUGAAGCUGCGAUACAACUCUGACAAUCCCAAGGGGGUGCUGGGAUCUAAAGCCGUGGGCGAGAUGGGUGUGUGCACGGCGCACAGCAUCAUUCACGCACUCCGACAAUGUAUCUACGAGUCCAGGAAGGACUCCGGAUACGACGUCACCCAGUGGAUCAAUAUUGAUGUUCCCUACACGACUGAAUCCAUAUUGAAGGCGUUAGAAGUGGACAUCAAGGAGUUUACUCUAUCAUGAAAUAUAUUUUUCGUCGAAAUUAAUGACCACACAGUACUUAAGAAAUAUUUUGCUUUACCUGCAGUCAGUUCUUCCAGUGUUUUGUUGCAUGCAAUUUUAUAAACGUUUU